GUAGUAACAAACAGGCGGCGCGGUGCUGUCUGCUGCAAAUCUGCGGCAGGAUCCAAGCCUGCCUCCCCCCGAGUGGAGGAAUUUUUGGUAGCGUCAAUUGGCAGACAGAGAGAGAGAGCUCAUACACCGUGUCUCUCGUUCUCUCCCUGUACACUCUCGCGACAUCUUGGCUGAUAUACUCACGGCGAAUUGUGUCGGUGUUGAUCACAUGGACUGAGAAGACUUUUUUUGGAAGGAAAAAAAAAACAACUCUUGCUUUCCGUCUGAAACAAAAUGAGAGCCUUAGCCACCUUCUUCACAUUGCUGAGUCUUUCCGGUCUGGAGAGUGCUCGAGGGGAGUGCAUGGACUACGCCCAGACCAUGGAGCAUUGCAUGAAGGACAUGGGCGGCUUCGAGGCUGGUCUUCGCCUCAUUUCUGACAUCAGGAAAUCGAAACAACUUUGCCAGGAAAAGAAGCUGCAGCAGGCAAUGGGAUGCUUGGAGAACGCCUUCAACCAGUGUGUGAUGGAGACCUCGCGAGCCAAGAGCAGCACCCGGAGGGACUUUAUUCUGACAGUGGAUGCUGGCAAGUGGAAGAAGGGAGUGGAGCUGUUGUGCACAAACAUUGAUUACCUGGAGGAACACGAGGGCUGCAUGAACAGGUCCCUGCAGGAGUCCGGUGUGUGUAUUUACCAGCAUCAUAUGAACUUCAUGCUGGAGAAGGCGGAGGCAGACAGGACUUACGUCAACGAUGUACACGAGAACAAGAGGAGGCUGGUGAAGGUGGCAUGCAGUUUAUCCGAUGGCCUGUUGCACUGCCUACAGAAGUCUCUGACCAAGCACUGCUCUCGACAGCCACGCCUCACCUGCCUCAUGCGGGACAUCGUCUUCCAGAUCAUGCCACAGCAAUGCCGUCGAUUCCUUCACCAGGGUCAGGACCCUUGCUCCACCAUCGGGUCAGGAGCUGAUAAUAGGAACAACGACAACAACAACAAUGACGGACUCGAGGAAGAUGAAGGUUUCGACGAGGAGGACGAGGAAGAGGACGACGGUAACAGCGGCUACAGCACCGCCACGCGGCAGCCCGCUCAGAGCAAGGUGGACGAGCAGCACGAGCAGGAUCCCAGCAUGCGUGUCAAGGUCCAGACGAUGGACGGGCAAGAUGGCGGAAGAGACUGGUCAACCGUUGAAGAGUCGGAGGAAGAAAAAGAGCUUCCUGUCCAGGGAAGCUACUCCAGAGACAAUUCAAGUGCUGGCAUGCAUCGCACAGCCGUUGUCAUGGUUUUCAUGGUCACCUUUUGUGCUCUUCUUUCUUCUCGUGGGCUUGUCUCUUUUUAAACAAACAAAAUUCUAAAGUUUGAAAAUCAAGGUUUGAUUAUAUAACUUGACUAGCUGGUUGUAAAUAAGAAUCAUUAUAAAAUGUUAUGUGGUUUUUCUUUACAAGGAUUCCUCUCACUUGUCAAAGUCAACAAGAUGGUUUUUUUGAGUGCUCGUGUAGAGUCUCCAGAACUUUCUGGUUUCUUUCUUCCACGUAGUUCAUCGGGGAACCCUCCGUUACAGGGAUUUAAAGCUGCCAUUCAUGAGUGGGUGAAUUAUUUUGCUGUACAUAUUUAUUUGUUUGAAUGAGGACGGAUCAAUACCAAAGAAUACAUGACAGCAGGCCAUUCAGUGUAUAAAUAACUAAGGGGAGAUUAUGUGAUAUGAAGGAAUACAGUAAGGGGAGAGAAACUUAAAUAUCAAAUCCGGUUAUAGAUUAAAAAUAGAUUAAAAGGACAGAUUUGAAGAAAGAAAACACAGUUGAGAAGAAUAUCAGAAAGAAAGAAAUAAUAAAUAUAUAAACACAGACUGGAAGAAAUGGG